GCCCGAUCGCCGCAGCGCCGCGGCUGACAGCAAAGCCUGCCGGGGCCGCCGCCCGCGCUCCUCCAGGAGCAGAGGAUUUUGAUUUCAAAGGAAGGAAGGAAGGAAGGACAACUCCCAGCCUCCCCGUCCCGCCCUCUCCGCUCCGGCGGCCCGGCCGGCCAUGCCCAGGAAGGCGGCGACAGCCCGGCAGCGGGGACUUUUCUGGUAGGCUCGUGGCGAGGGGCGCGGACUAGGAGUCUGCCGUGCCCCAGCUCACGGUUCCAGCGAGCGUGCACAGCGCCCCGAAGAGCUUGCCGCGCGGGCUUGGGCCCGCCCCGCGACGCCCGGCCCCCCGGCCGCCGCCACCCCGAUCUCUGUGCCCGCCGCGGUGGGUGGCAUGAUGGUGCGCGGAAGGCAGCGCGGCCCUGGCCAGCUGAGUCGCGGCGGCGGUGGUAGCGGGCUCCCCAGCGGCAUGCCAGUGCCCCCUGGGCGCGAUGGCUAGCGGCAGCGCCGGGAAACCCACUGGCGAGGCGGCUUCUCCGGCUCCUGGGAGCGCCGUCGGCGGGGCCAGCUCACAGCCACGGAAGAGGCUGGUGUCGAUCUGUGAUCACUGCAAGGGCAAGAUGCAGCUGGUGGCCGACCUACUGCUGCUGUCGAGUGAGGCGCGGCCGGUGCUCUUCGAAGGCCCCGCCUCCCCUGGCGCUGGCGCCGAGUCCUUCGAGCAGUGCCGGGACACCAUCAUCGCGCGCACCAAGGGGCUGUCCAUCCUCACCCACGACGUGCAGAGCCAGCUCAACAUGGGCCGCUUCGGAGAGGCAGGGGACAGUCUCGUGGAACUGGGCGACCUGGUGGUGUCGCUGACCGAGUGCUCCGCGCACGCCGCCUACCUGGCGGCCGUGGCCACGCCGGGCGCUCAACCCGCACAGCCGGGCCUUGUGGACCGCUACCGUGUGACACGCUGCCGCCACGAGGUGGAGCAGGGCUGCGCUGUGCUUCGAGCCACCCCGCUGGCCGACAUGACCCCACAGCUGCUGCUGGAGGUGUCGCAGGGCCUGUCUCGCAACCUCAAGUUCCUGACGGACGCGUGCGCCCUGGCCAGUGACAAGUCACGGGACCGGUUUUCGCGCGAGCAGUUCAAGCUGGGCGUCAAGUGCAUGAGCACCAGCGCCUCGGCGCUGCUGGCAUGCGUGCGCGAGGUGAAGGCGGCGCCCAGCGAGCUGGCCCGCAGCCGCUGCGCGCUCUUCAGCGGGCCCUUGGUGCAGGCUGUGAGCGCUCUGGUGGGCUUCGCCACUGAGCCUCAAUUCCUGGGUCGCGCAGCGGCCGUGAGCGCCGAAGGCAAGGCGGUGCAGACCGCCAUCCUGGGUGGCGCCAUGAGCGUGGUGUCGGCCUGCGUGCUCUUGACCCAGUGCCUCAGGGAUCUGGCGCAGCACCCCGAUGGGGGCGCCAAGAUGUCGGACCACAGGGAGAGGCUGAGGAACUCAGCCUGCGCCGUGUCUGAAGGCUGCACCCUGCUAUCUCAGGCUUUAAGGGAAAGGUCUUCACCCAGGACUUUACCGCCAGUGAAUUCCAAUUCUGUGAAUUAGCACCCCACUCCAUCCCCCAUCCCCGUUUUCCACCCCAGGCUAAAGGAAGACACUUACUUCUCCCCUCUCCAUUUAUACCAAAGAAAUCAUAGGUGACCCCCCCUCCCCCUUCUUCCAUGUUAAAUGCUCAAGAGGAAUUUUCCAGAACGCAGGGCCAUGCACACAACUUAACAUGUACGCAGAGGGCCCAGGUGUCUACCAGCCCACUGUAGGGACUCAGAUGCAAGAGAUGGGUAGGUAGUCCGCUGGCUGCAGGAUUACCCUUACACACUCCAGCCUCUCAACUCAGUUACUAAUUGGGCAGGAAAAAGGUCAUGGGUUCAUUUCUUUCUUCUUUUUAAUUAAAAGAAAGGUUACCUCAGUUUUCACUCAUUAGACAUGGAUGUAGCUACCUUUUUGUAUGUCGUUAUUUUUGUUGAAUUAGAGUAUACAUGGUGUGAUAAGAGUAUGACUUUGCCAUGUGAUUUGCAAGUGGGGGGGAAAGCUACUGUGAGCGUGUGUUUUAUUUUUUAAUUUACACUAUAGAGUGAUUUUUUUCCCCCCUCAAUGUCAAGUUUUUACCCUGCAUGUACUGGAGUAUUUAUUUCAUCUAUUAAAUUGUUAUGUUUCUCAGA